GAUGCAAUCUGUGAUGGGGCCGCUUUUCGUUAAGCAAAGAAACUACAAGACUAACACUACGUUCCGCUGCCUCUCAGCCACAAAAGAGCAAGAACUGGAAACAGGGAUAUCUCAAUAUACGCUAAAAGCAAGAAUGCAAAACGGGACAUACUUCAGCUACAAAGUGAACAUGACCGCUAAUACAACUGGUAGCCACACGGAGCCAAAUGCGGUGAUCUACCAGGAAGACCCAAUGGAGCUUGAACUGAAUCACAAGAUUGUCACCAUGGAUAGCAACCACACAUGCUUUGUCGUGGUCCGAGUUAAUGAGAAUACUACAAACCACGAGUGCUACCUUGCAAUGACGCAGAGCACAGCACCGCAAAACGUUUCCGGUAGAUGCAAAGACGUAUACGACCAAUACUGCCUGGGAGACAGUGUUACUCUUUACGAUAAUGACUGCCAGCCGUAAAUCAGCAUGCCACCAGAAUUGUGCCUAGGCGUAGAAUAUACAUGUAGGAAUAAAAGUGAUUGCCCAAGCA